UAUGGAAGUUGAUUCGAAAGUCAUAAGUUCUAUUAAUAAUAUAAUAUUAUAAGUCAUCUAAAUUUGAGUUCUUUAGGAGUCUAUAUUAGUUAUAAGUUGAUUUUUCUACACAAUUCUUAAAUUAAUCAAAUUCACUCCAGACAAAAAUAUUAUUAAUUAUAGAAAAUCACAUGGAAUAAAUUUUCGUUUGUACGAACGAAGGUUUAGUAAUAGUGAAAUUUAAAUGCAAUGAAAGCAUUCCCAGCGAAAAUCAUAAUAUAGAAUAAACACAUACAUGAGAAUGUAUAAAAAAGAACAACGAAUAAGAUGUACGAUUUAAGAAUAAAAUGUGAGGAUCUUUUGUAGCAGCUCAAGUUACUAGUAAACUGCUGCUGGAACUACUAGUGCAACUACUACGCAAAUAGAAUAAGUUAAAAUUGUGCAAGAAAUUGUUGUUAACACUACUCACUAUUCCAUAUCUGUAUGUUACAAAUGCUCUCUUCCAGCCAACACCGUAUGGAUACACACAGGGCGUUGGAACUGCUCAGUGACUAUUACUCAAGAUUGACUAAAUCUCCAGAAAAGCAGCUUUUAAUUGAAAUAGAAAGAUUUAUUAGAAUAUUGAAAAGUAGAUUUUUCCAAGCGUUAAUUGAUAUUCAAGAAUAUUAUGAGAUAACUUUGUUAGAUGGAAUGAAAGUAAAUAAUUUAAUAAAUCAAGGUGAUAACAUUUUCUUGAAUUCGUUAAAAAUAUGCAGAGAAGAUCGCAGGUUAUCAGUGUGUAGUAUAACUAACAACAACUAUAGCAAUAAUAAUGAUACGCAAGAUUGUUGGAGUUAUGUUGAAAUUGCAAUACUACGGCGUGAGUCAGGACUUGGAUUCAGCAUAGCUGGUGGUACAGAUAACCCUCAUUUACAGAAUGACUAUCACAUUUAUAUAACGAAAAUUAUACCAGACGGAGCCGCAGCAAAUGAUGACCGUCUACGUAUUAAUGAUAUAAUUGAGAAAGUUAAUGAUUGUUCUCUAAUCAAUUUGACUCACUCCACAGCCGUAGAUAUAUUAAAAAGAGCUGGCGAUUCAGUGAAGCUUUAUGUUCGCAGAAAAAACUAUGGACACAAUCUUAAAGAAAUAGAAUUGUUGAAAGGUGAAAAUGGUUUUGGAUUUAGUAUAGCUGGAGGAAUCAGUAAUCAACAUAUUCCUGGAGAUAAUGGGAUAUAUAUUACAAAAAUUCAAGAUAAAGGUGCGGCCCAAAUCGAUAGUCGUUUACGAGUAGGACAAAAAUUAGUAGCAGUCAAAAAUAUAUUUGGAUAUAGAGAUUUAGAGAAUGUAAGUCACGAAGAAGCUGUAGAAGCUUUAAAAUCUACAAAAGAUAAAAUUAUACUUUAUAUACUGGAAUCAGAAGAUAACAAGUUUAAGAAUAUCAUCCCAACACGUGACUUAUCAGUUUUGAAAGAUAAUCCACCUAUAAUUCAUCAACAAAUGUUUACAAAUCAUGUCGAACAGAAGAUUAGUUGUUAUACGAAAAAUGAUAACUAUAUAAAAACUCGCACAAUAACUCUAAACAAAGGACCGCGAGGAUUAGGCUUUAAUAUUGUAGGGGGUGAAGAUGGUGCAGGCAUAUAUAUUUCAUAUAUAUUAGCAGGAGGCCCAGCAGAUAACGAUGGUAAAUUACAAAAAGGGGACAGACUGUUGAAUGUUAAUGGUAUAGAUUUCUCAAUCAUUUCGCAUGAAGAAGCAGCUAAGGUAUUAAAGGGUACAGAUGGAAAAGUAACACUAAUUGUUCAACAUGAUUUGGAAGAGUAUAAUAGAUUUGAUGCUAAACUAAAUAAUAUUAGAGAAUAUCGUUCGCAACAACCGAUGAAUAUUGGAACGUUAAUCAAAACAACUGAAAAAAAGUCAAUGUAUGUAAGAGCCCUUUUUGAUUAUGAUCCGAAUAAGGAUGAUGAUUUGCCAAGUCUUGGACUGAAUUUCGAUUUUGGAGAUAUAUUACAUGUUACUAAUGCAAGUGAUGAUGAAUGGUGGUUAGCUACAAAAGUUUUUCCUGAAAGUAAUGAGGGAUUUGGUAUUAUUCCGGCUAGAAAAAGAUGGGAAAGAAAACAGCGUGCAAGAGAUCGAUCAGUUAAAUUUGAAGGUCACACACCUGUUUUAAUCGAUAAGCAAUCAAACACUGAUAAAAGAAAGAAAAAUUACUCUUUUAGCCGUAAAUUUCCAUUUAUGAAAAACAAAGAUGAUAAGUCCGAUGAUUAUUUUGAUCAAGAACCUUUCAUGUUAUGCUACACACAAGAAGAUAGAAAAAUAGAAGACCCUGGAAGCAAAGAAAUAUUAUACCGUGUCGAAUUACCUUUUAUGGAGGAGCUUACGCUGGUUUACUUAGAAAAUGAUGCAGAUGAAGAUGAUAGUCAACAAUUAUGUGAUGAUGAAAUUAUUCUCUCUUACGAUACUGUUCAAAAUAUUACUAUUGACUUUACUAGACCAGUUAUUAUUCUUGGACCCAUUAAGGAUAAAAUUAAUGACGAUCUUAUUACUGAAUAUCCAGAAAAAUUUUCAAGCUGUGUGCCACAUACUACACGAGCAAAACGAGAUAAUGAAAUUGAUGGACAGGAUUACUAUUUCAUGUCUUCUAGAGUAGAAAUGGAAAAAGACAUUCAAAAUCAUCUGUUUAUUGAAGCUGGGCAAUAUAACGAAAACUUAUAUGGUACAUCAAUAACUGCUGUAAAAGAAGUUGCUUCACAAGGAAAACAUUGCAUUCUUGAUGUGAGUGGAAAUGCAAUUAAAAGAUUAUAUGCUGCUCAAUUGUAUCCUAUAGCUUUAUUUGUAAAAGUAAAUUCACCUGAUUCAAUGUUGCACGACCGUGGUAUGAAAGUGCUACAAGUAGAUUAUGCAGCAAGGAGCAAACGUAGCAAAAUUUUCCUGAUGGUGGUUUUCACCGGGGAGAAAUAUUACGUUAUGAAACACGAGACAAAAGUAGAGGGAAAAUCUACUUUUGUUCCGUGUCGCAUAUGGUAUUUUAUUCUACUUUUUGCCCAAAGGCCACUAUUUAAGCCUAGAAAGCAAGGUAUUAUUAAGGGUGAUUCUUAUCAAGAUAUAUAUGAAAAAGUAAAAAAAAAUAUUUUUAAACAAUCCAAGAAGAAUGUAUGGAUUUCAUGCAAAAAUUAUAAUGGAUAAACAAAGUUUGAUAUAAUGUCAAAAUGUCAAAUGCAAAUUUAUACCCAUAGACUGACAUGAUUGUAGUUUGCAGAAAGUGAAAACAAUAAUAUAAUCAUUAAAAAAAUCUGCACUAAA